AUGGCAACGCCGCCGCCGCCGAUGCAGCAGCCACCGCAAUGUGACCAUGAGCGCAUGGUCGUCGGCAACAUGUGCCCUUCUCUCUAUCGCGCCGCCUCUGAAGGGAGGAUGGCCGAGAGACGGUUUAGGAUGGGGACGGUAGGGAGGAAGUUGAGCGGUAUGGGGUGGUUGUGGAUGACGUCGUCCCACUCGCCGUGCUCCGAGAGGAAGAUCCUCGUCACCAAGUUUCGGUCGGCGAUGAGAAGCUGGAAGGAGUACCCGGCGUCACCGAUGACGAGCAAUACAAUAGAUCCUCACGGCGUUGUUAUGCACGGUCAGUGCGACAUACUUGAGUUGACUGCGGAGAGGAACACCGCUCUACACGUGGCUGCGGAGCAAGGGCACCAUGAGCUGAUCCGGGAGCUCUACCGCAGGUUCAAGGACCAGGGCCUCCUCUCUCGCCAGAACUCGGCGCUGGACACGCCGAUGCAUUGCGCGGCGAGGGCUGGGCACGCCAGGGCAGUCGCGGUCCUCGUCGAGCUGGCCAGGGACCGGGGGCGAGAACAUUCUGGGAUGCAAGAACGAGGCAGGCGACACGGCCCUGCACCUGGCGGCGAGGCACGGGCACGGGCGCGCGGCGGUGGAGAAAUGGUUCACCUGCUACUGGAAUGGAGGCCAGCUCUGGCCGACCAAGUCGACUGCAGCGGCAGCAGCCCGCUCCAUUUCGCGUCGUCGGACGGCGAUCGCAGCAUCGUGCGUGCAAUCCUGCGCGCCGGGCCGCCGGGAACGGUGUACAAGAAGGACUCGAGCGGCCUGUCGUCUCUCCACGUCGCGGCGCGGAUGGGACACCACCACGUCGUGACGAACAUGCUACGGAGCUGCCCCGACGCCGCCGAGCUCCGUGACGGCAAUGGCAGGACCUUCGUCCACGCCGCGGCCCGGGAGAAGCGCUCCUCGGUGGUGUUGCUCGCCACCAAGAAUCCCAUGCUGCGCGGCCUCCUGGACGCGCAGGAUAGGGAGGGGAACACGCCUCUCCACCUCGCGGUGGCAGCGGGAUCGACCCGCAUCGUGGAGGAUCUGCUACACAACGGCAAGUUUCUUCAAAAUGGUAAGCCUGGUGGUCGCGCUAGUCGCUUACGGGGCACAGCUCCGGCCGCAGAGGCAGGACCAACUGGAGCAGUGGGUUGGCCGCGACAUGGUGCGGAAGGGAUACAGAACACGUCGGACAGCCUCACGGUGGUGGCCGGCCUCAUCGUCGCCGCCGCGUUCGCCGCCGGGUUCAACUUGCCCGGUGGGUACGGCGACGACGGCAAGGUGACCCUCAAGGACGAGACCGUCUUCAAGAGCUUCCUGCUGUUGAACACCGGCGCCGUGGCGACGUCCGUCUUGGCGUUGGUCCUGCUCGUCUAUGGGAAGGCGUCGUCGCACUCCGCCGGCUCGUGGAAGACCUUCGCGGCGGCGCUGCAGCUCCUGUGGGUGUCGCUCGUCUGCAUGAUGCUGGCCUUCCAGGCGGCUCUGUUCUCGGUGGCGACAACAAGGGCACUCACUUACGGGUUCCUAGUUGUGUACACGUGCAUCCUUGUCGUGCAAAUAUGUAUCACGACGUGGCUCGGGCCUGCGACGAGGUUGCGCACGAUUUGGAGGUUUCACUGGAAAGGAAGAAGGCAUGUCAACGUCAAACGACAGUAUCCGUUCGCCAAAGCUACCGUACUCAAUUUACAACUUUUUACAGCUACAAGUUUCCUAGGUUCUUUAGGUUUUCAAGUCAUCUUUUUAUUAAGCCGGAUAAGCCGGAGAUCCAAGGACACCUCAAUUGCUCCAUCACCAUCUGCUCUUUAUUAUUAG